UUUCACUUUUCUUCCAUUGCUCGUAAAGAGUGACGAUCUUUGAAAGAAAGCAAGAAACGGUCGUGAAAGCGUUUUAAGCAGAUGGCAGAACCAGGCAGGACUGUGAAGGUGUGUGGACUGCCCACAGACAUCGAGGAUAACACACUGAAAGACAAGCUAUUGAUUUACUUCCUUAGAAAAAGAAAUGGAGGAGGGGAAGUAGACUCUGUCACCUUCCUCAAGGCAACGCCUCUGGCUGCUCUCAUCACCUUCGAGGACAGCGGAGUGGCACAGAGAGUUAUUCACCACAGGCUACACGUUCUGGAUGUGGAUGGGAAGAAGUAUAAGCUCACGGUAACUGAGCAUUGUGAAGAUUUCGACCCAGAUCAGGUCGUCUUAAGCUUAUCAGCAACAAUUGACUACAGCAAGCUUCCAGGGGGAAUCAUGGCAUUGACAAGCCUUCUUCAGAGCCACCACGAUGUCCAGAUCAACUAUACUGCUACUGAGAAAUGCUCUACAAUAUUUGGCUCUUACUCCACAGUGCAGGCAGCUUUGGCACAACUACUGGGCCAUCCUGGAGGCUCAAAGUCAGCAGAAAACUCAAAAGACUUGAGUCAGCCUACUUCCAGUGGUUUCCGGUCUGUUCAAAAAGCACAGAAGCAUUAUACACAGGAGUCAGAAGAUCAGAGCAGAAAAGCCAACAAGCAAAGAGACAACAAAGAAAAAAAUCACAUUGACAGGCCAACUGACAACUACAGUUUAAGUUCAGAAAGAGACCUGACACCUGGUGGUUACACCUGGGAGGACACUGGUCAGGCAGAUGGAGCUGCUUUGCAGCAUUCUACAACCUCGGCGGAUGAUUUCUCACUAAUUAUGGAUGCAGACAUGUUUCAGUACCUGCAGAAACACUGCCGGAAGGAAUACCAGCAUAUCCUGAAGCAGUAUGGAGUUGAAGUGGUGGAUGUAACAAGUCAGGGUUUGACCACUCUGUUUCUGCAUGUUACAGCAGCAGUUGGGGAGGAUGGUCGAGAGCAGGAGUGCUUGAAGAUAGCCAGAAAGGCUAUAAGUCAGCUUCAUGAGGACAUUGAGGCCAAAAUCCGUCGAUCCCAGCUGCCCAAAGCUAUCCUGCACCCCAGUGGAGGCCUCCAAAGGGCAAUUGAGAACUUAAGUGUCAGACUUCCCAAACUUCUUCUGAAUGAAGAUGAAAAAAAUAUUUAUAUUAUUGGAAGCAGUAGUGAUGUGUCAGAGGCCAAGCAGUUUCUUCUCCUGGACAAUGUUAACCAGCGAGAUAAAAAGGAAGAUGUAGCUAGUCUCCUGAGAUUUCCCUCAUAUGGUUCAAGUUUAUACCCUCAGACUGACGAGGAGAGAUUCACUCUCCCCACACCCUCCACUGUAGCAUCAGUGGAUGAUAAGCUAGAUGAGAUGCUGAAGUCAGAGGAAGAUGAACGAAGAGCUGAAGGAGCCAGAAGGUAUAAACUAGCUGCUCGGUUUAAGGAUUCUGGGCUAGCUGCGUUAAGCAGUCGACCAGCUGACUUCACUUUACGAACAAACUCAUCUCCCAGCAGACAAACACGCCAAGGGCCAAUGUUAGGGUAUGAUGUACUCUCAGAAACAGCAGGGACUUCUGGUGAGGCAGUUUCAGGAGCAGUACCCCAAAACACAGGAGGAGACAUUUUGUUCAAGACUGGAUCUAGUUUGGCAUCUUCCUCGCUUCAAAAUAGAACCUCUUUGAAUCCAGAUUUAACAGAUGCUCGACCUAAGAAUUCAUCAUCCCCUUUUAGUGGUACACAGUCCAGUUUAUCAGGAAGUCCUGCACCUCAGUCUGCUGGAUCUGGAUCCACCUUGAAGCGUGCCAGUAGUUUCUCAGGAACACCUCAGCAGAAGGCUGAAGUUAUGAGUCAGAAGAGUCAAGAAGAUAGCAGCAAGUCCACAGUCAGAGCCAGGGGCAGGUCUUCUAGCUUCAGUACCCAAACAAGAAGGGACAAGCAGGAAGUCUAUACUGGAGAUCUUACAGUAUCCAAGAUAAUGUGGAAACAUAUAAAAGAAGCAUACAGCUACCGAGUGGAAGACCUAGCUUCUGAUGUCCAGUUAAAAGAGAGCAGCUUAGGUAGUCAUGAGCUGACUGUUACCAUAAGAGGAGCAAACUCAUCCAAAGUGACUUCAUGUCAUCUAGGUUUGCAGAAGCUGAUUGACUCAGUUAGUUCAGACUUCUCUGUGCAGGAGGUGUCCUUGUCUGAACUGGGUGUCACUGACAAAGCAGAUGAAACCUUACAAGCUUGUUGUUCUGAAGUGCGGAGCCGCUUUAAGAAGGUUACUAUCCAGAUAUUAGCCAAGAGCUUAUAUCUUCUUGGUCCACGGCAGUUGUGUUCCCAGGUAGGUGCUACCCUGCGGGAAGUAUUUUCUGGAGACUCGGCUCAAAUACCUGACAAAUACCAAUAUUCCCCAACUUCUUUUCAAAUGAAUGAAGAUAAAAGCACUAGUUUGCACUUUAACAGUAACUCUCAGGUGAUUCCAGAGAGCCAGCCAGGCAAUGCUGAUGGUACAAGUAGGAGUCGGGAAUGGAGGACAACCUACAGAAGUGACUUUGGUGGGAGGGAGAUUGUGAAUGGAUCUAUUGGUCUGGCAAGGCAAGAUCAUGUCAUUAAGGAGAAAGUCAAGCCUAUAGAUCGAAUUGAGAUGGAUGGACAGAAGGCUAAGUCAUUUGUCAGUCAGUCUACACCAGGAAAUGAUAGUGUGAGGGGUCUGAAUGGUGUCGGAUCAACAUUAAUCCGCACUGAGAAAGGGACCACCUUACCUGCUACGCAGAUAGGCAGUGUAGGUCAAGAAGAAGCAGAGAUCCAGAACACCCCAGAGGAAUCCAAACCAGGCCAGGAGAGGCUGGGGAACAUCUGUGUUUGUGGAGAGACUGGGAUAUCGGUGCAGAGAACAAAAUGUGGAGCCACUUUUUGCUCAAAGUGCUUGGACACGGUACAUGUCCGCUGCAGAGUUUGUCAUGAGACGGAACAGAAACCUCAGGGCAUCCGGGGCAAAAUUGUAAAAUCUAAACUAAACAUCACUUUGCCAGGUUACAACAGGUUCUGUGCUAUCAAGAUCACUUACAGCAUUCCUGAUGGUAUCCAAGCGGAUGGUCAUCCAUCUCCUGGAAAACCAUUUAAGGGAGGGCUAUUUGAAGCCUACUUUCCAGACUGUCAGCCGACAAAGAAGCUGCUGCCCAGGCUGGAGAAAGCCUUCAGGCAGGGACUCACCUUCACAGUGACAGGCAAAGGGACAGAUGCAAGGGUGACCUGGGACUGCAUCCCACACAAGACCAGCUUACAGGGAGGCAAAUCAGGGAAUGGGUACCCAGAUUCCACUUACUUGACACGCUUGUCUGAGGUCUUGACCUCCCUUGGAAUUGAGGAAUCAACAGAAAAGCCCCAUGAUUAAAACAUGUAAAAAAUGUAUUUUUUCCUUGAUUUAUAUAUAAAAAUAGCAGUAUAUUGGCGAUCUUUGUGUUUACAGCACUGUUUUGCGGUUUUGAUUAGUUUACAAUCAUACUGCUUUGUUAUAGUGAGAUGUUGAUAUCUGAUCAUCCUUUAAUUGUAGUCUCUUUUAAAUAAUGGAGUUAUAGGUGUCAUUGAAGACUGAAUUUUAAUUUUGUAACAUCCUUUACCAAUUUUCUUUUAACAAGUUGUUCAAAAGUGAAGGGUCUAUAUUAUUUCACAUGACAAUUUUAAAAAAAAAAUACCGUUUCAGGUUAUUUUGCAGAACAAAUGAAUAUUAAAGUCUUCAAUAUGCACAGUACUGUAUAGACCAAAAACAAUUUGCACCGCACUGUGUGAUUGUAGUCAUCAUUUAGUUUAGGAACAACAGACAGUAAUUUGUAAAAUAUUCUGAAUUUAAUAAAUUAAUUGUCAAAAAUCUGUCUUUGCUUCUGGGCACAGAAAUAAAAAAGCACAUUUCCUGUCUUUUUUUAUUAUGCUUUUUUUUAUUAGUCCUGGAAAACAUGUAAGGCAUAUGGUAACAUUACACACUGAAGCGUUACAAGCUCUAAAGGCCAUGUGGAGAACAUGGCACCACGCAGUAAACCCAGAGUCAAGCACAGAAGCAGCAUCAAUUCAAAGGGUUUAAAAAACAAAGUUGAGACGAGAAAGUGUGUUUGCAACCAUUUAAAAACAAAGAAGGGGGAAAAAAAAAGAAAGGACAGAGUCUCUGUCCUUUCUUGUCCAAAACAAGACAAGAAAGAACAGAGUAUAGGAAAUCUAGAAAUCAACCUGUUGGGUAUGCCUUGUAGAAAGUUACCAGCGGUCACUGACAGGUGUGUAGCAGGAUGGAUGUGAAGUGGGUUUCUGAAGCAUUCCCAGAGAUAGGUUAAGAUGUUUUGUAAAUGUACCAGCUUGCCAUGGAGGUUCCCAUGCUGAAGGGUCUCAGGUGACGCAGGGGGGCAGCAGGCUGGCAUUCUCCUCUCUCACACACCACACCACUACAUGACUACUAAACUAAUGUGAAAGACACAGAACGGUACAUACACACAUGCCUUAUUUUGUUGUUGUUGUUGACUAAACAUGCAUUCUAGUACUGUACAUGACACGCCCAGCCAGGUUGUACUUCCUUAGCAUCUCUGCAAUGCAGCUGCAUUGCAAUAUCUCAAAAAUGACUGCUAAGGAUAAUAGCUGCAGGCAGAUGUGGUCGUUUGGGUUCGUAGUGUAGCGAACACAGUGGCUCUGAAUGUGGAACUAAGCCACUUUCAUCCUCCCUUUUUUGACUUAGAACACUAAAGCUUACAUAAAAUGUGAGUACUGUGAAGGAAAAUCGGUGUGACAGUUUGUGCAGUUAACUCAGUGAAACAAUGAUGUGUGUGUUAGUAAAUUCAGAUUUACGUGGGUUCCUACAUAGGGAAAACUGCUGUUUGGAAUGACCUGAGAAACCAUAUAGAAGAAAUAAUUCACCACAAAGCUGAACGGUGGGUUGCUGUGAGGGACUACAGCUUCAAGCCAAGACGGAUAGAAAAGUAGCUGCUGGAAGUACAACACUCACUGUACUCACUUUCUUUAUAUCUAAAACUAUGAGUGACAGUAUAAUCAAAUCUAAAAUGUUAAAAAAAAAACCCAAAAAAACAAAACACUUAAAUUUUUUUGGAAAACUUUGAAAUACUUUUUUUUGUUCCUCCCGUGCAUCUCUGAGUUGUUAAGUACUCUUGCAUAAGUGUCUGGAAUGACUGGGAAACCAUUUCAAGAUGAGAUUACAAUUCAGCUUCACCACGGUGGAAAAGCUCUCAGGCUGCAGGCCACAGUAGGAAGGGGUGGGUUUUAUUUUAACCGACGGAUCCACUUGAACCCGAAUUCAAGAUGCGAAACACCCACCCCGCUGAUUGAGUUCAUGUCAAAGGCAUCUCAGUUCAAAAGUACCCCGGGGAAAAUGUUGAAAGAAAAAAAAAAAAAGAAAAGGGAUUUUAAUCUGUUUUCCACAUGCAGAUGAAUGCAUGCAAUUUCAAAUUCCAGAUGUCAAAGUAAUGUUCUAUUUUCUUUGAAUGUGUAUGCAGAAGGAAGAGGCUGAUAUGGAGAGGAGUUUUUGGCUGGCUGCUGGACUGCAACUGUUGCACCGGCCAAGAGGUUCUGCAGAUGCAGCACAGGAAAAGAGGAAUGACUCUUAAUAAUCCUUGAGUGAACUGAGAUCAACUGCAAAGCGGAAAUGUUGUGUCUGGGGCAGGCCAGAACUGAGCUAUGAUUGGCCAAUAAGCAGAGGCUGUGCUCAGCUGUGUUACAGUACUGGCUUCCCUGCACAGCUGUGUAAAAAACAUCUGGUCCCUCACUUGUUAUACAAACCAUUUUGGAAACAAACUGAAAGAAAAGAAAUCCAUAGAGAGGAAUAGCACAGAGCUUUGGAGCUGGGGGAAAUUUGCAGAUUUACGACCGUCUUUUGGUGUGGUGGAGUUUUGAGUCUUAAAUCCACCAUGUUUUGUUCCUCUUCACUGUAAUACUGAUGUUAUAGCUGUAAACCAACAGAGGGAAUCAUCCUAUUGGGGCUGAUAUGAUGUGAGACCUGGUAAAACACAGCGAAAAGCAUUUACUAAAUACAUCUCAGAUUGAGGUAAGGAGAGAGGCACAAUGCAGGCCUAUGCUUCAGCAAGACUACAACCAAUCACCAAAUACAGAUUGUGUUAAACCUUUUAUAAACUGCAGCAAAAUUCUGUCAGCACCUGUGAGCAUUUUGGGAUAUAAAUCUGACACAAUGUGACAACUUGUGUGAAUUUUUCUUUUUUUUCUUCUCUUCUUCAAGGUUGACGGAAAUGCAUCCAACAACAGAAUUUUCUUCAUAUUUUUUAUGCACUGUUAAUAUUCAAAGCAUGGACAGAGGAAUAUACAUACAAUUUGGCACACAUGGUUUGGACCAACAGAAAGACUUCAUCACAUUUAAAGAGGAGUGCAGGUUGGCAAGUCCCCACAUAAGAGUAUGAGCUUUGAACUUUAAACCCUUGGAUAACAAAAAACAAACAAACGAACAAAAAUAUAAAGGUAAAUCAAAAUAACAUAGUAAGUAAAACAUCUUUUUUUAAUUUUUUUUUUAUUUCAGAACUGAAGCGUUUGUUUCUCACAUGGCACUCGGAACAGAAGCACCGUCCACAGGUUCACAAAGGGAGCCCAGCAGAUUAGAACAGAACACUAACCAGAGGCUGACAGGACACAAUCACUCCCCACACCAGCGUGCCGGUCGCACUCCAGCCCACGUCGCUCGGAUCUGCUCCACGUUUUACUUCCCACAGUCAAGGAUGGAUGAAUGCUUUGAUUUUAGCUGCCACCCAGGAGAAGUUGGCAAGCUGAAAAUGAGGGGACUUUUACACGAGUUUGUGUGUUUCUGUGUGUGUGUGUGUGUGCCACCUGUGCUUUCAGUGAGCUUUAGCAGAUACAGUGGGAACGCAUGAUGGGAAAUGGGCUGCAAACCUGGAGCAAAAUCAAAGCCUGUGCUGGACUGGAGUGAGACCGCCAUGCUUGCAAGUGCAUUAAGAUCAGCGAGCAGAGUGCAAAAUACUAAUACCAACUGUCCUCAUAAUACAGGCCUCUUAUCAGACAGGAGGGAGAGAUAGAGUAAGAUGUGUUGGUUGGUUUCAGAGCUACAUCGUACUGUAGCAGAGUAGUGUAAGGAGGGAACGUCUGGUAGGAGUUGAGGGGGGGUGCUUUUAAAACCUGACAAAUGACCUGAGGACACACGCACAUCUUCACACAUAAUGGCACACCACACACAGCACAUGAGGGAGGCCACUCAUGCUAACACAACAACUUUUUUUUCUCCUUUUUUUUGAAACAUUUUGUUUUUUUUGUUUUUUUUUUACAAAGUCACUAGUCACCAUCUGAGUCUCGACACAGAGGCCAGACUCACAGACAGGCAGUGAGGCGGGCAGGUAGAUAGAUAGUCAAGGUUUAAAGUUGAUUGACUAAGACGUGACGGAUUUGGUGCAAUGAAAUAGAAAGGACUGGCCUUGAAGGGAUAGUUCACUCUCCAAAAAAAAAAGAAAAAAAAGAAACAAAUGUCUUUUCUCUGGCCCGUAGUGCCACUUUUCUAUUUAGAUGGUUUUAGUGCCCAGUUUUCAAGAGACUGGCUGUAAAGGUGUCUAACUUCUCUUGAACACAGUUAAACUAUAUGGCACUUGCCUCAGGUGCUCAAAUGAAAUGCAUCUGAACAGCUCAGCAGCAGUAUCUUUUUCCAGGAAUCAUGGCCCAGUUAUGCAAACAAAUCCACAAAACUUGAGAACAGCUUCAUUGAGGAACUUUUUCUCCUUUUACCCAACUACGCCUACCGACUAAAAGAAGAGUGCAGCUGGCUGUGCAAAGUAGGAAGCUAUUAAUCUAACCACUAGGUUGUGAGCAUGAGCUUCUUGUCAUGGGCAGAUUCACUCUUCCUUUUGCACAGUGUCAUGUGUAGUUUGAGGAAAAUAGUGCUUCACAAAACUGCUCCCAACAAGGCUUGAGGACUUUUUGAGUAACUGGGUCCUGAUUUUUGGAAAGUGACAACACUGCUUGGUAUUCAAAUGUCUCUUCGUGAUACUUUGACCACCUUAAAGCAAGUGCUGUCCAAUUUCAUCAUAUUCAAGAGGAGGCAGACAUCGCUCUAUCUCUAUAUAGAGUCUUAAAGGCCUAAGCCUUUAAGACUGCUUCAGCUCCUCAUUCUCAAUACAUUUUACACCUGUUGAAGUACGUGUCGACAGCACCAACUGUUGGCAAAUGUAGACUAAGAAAGCAGAAAGGAGAGACUCUGGGAGAGGGGGAGAAACAAACCACAGUGCCAUCUCUGACGAGCCUGACGCCUGUUGCUAUGCCGACCAUAGAGAGGGAAGUGGAAGGAGGAGGGAGAGAGAGUGGAGAGAGCGAGAGAGAGAGCAAGAGAGAGGAGAGAGAGAGAGAGUGAGAGAGGGGAGGAGAGGCAAAGUAUGGACGCCAGCUUGAAGUGAAUUCUCCUCUCUCAGGUCAGGAUGAUCGACAGGCGAGUGGUCGCUGUGAAAGGAGCCAUGGAAUUCCUCAAGGAGGAGUGAGGAGGAAGAAAGCCUUAUCCAGAGGGAAGUAAAAACUAAACUGGUAUUCACCUUCUUAACUUGCUCAUUUCAGACGAUUCACUAUCUCAACAUGACAGUGCUUCAUUCAUCACACUCCGAGAGUGUAUGUUUGUGUGUGUAUUUGUUUAAACAGAAACAAAUUCUCCCUUAAUUGGCACUGUGCACUUCUUGCCAACAGUUGGUCAGCUAGAAAAAUCUGUAACUAAGGAGAAGGAAGCUGAGCAAUGAUUUCUGCCUCUCUAUUCAACGCUGGACUGAAAGGCUCAUUAUGAGGCAAAUUCAUAUUCAGGCUAGUGCAAAACUGCAGAUUCUAUAUUAUCUUCACUUAAUUUGGUGGGAACGAAUGCAUUGUUGAGAGGUUUCGCCUUGCUUUAUAUGAACACCGAUACAAGCUUCAAGCCAAGUCCACAUAAAUGAUAACCAGGGUUAGGUCUUGCAGUAUGAACACUAUUGUCUGAGCCAUAAAACAUCAUUAUAAAAGCCAUGAUGCAAAUAUCUCCAGAGGAGGUGCACCAGCCAAUCACAGGCAUCUCUGACUCAUCCUUGGUGACAUAACUAAGCGUUGGACACUGAGAGCAACGUGUGGGUGGGUGUGGUUCUCUCAUUUUACUGCCCGUCUUUGUGCCUGUCUGUGGGUCCGGCCUGAGGGUGGGUGGGCAGGGGCGGUGGUGUGGGAGGUGUGUGUGUGGGGUGGGGGCAGGGUGGGGACUCAGCACAGUGAGGUGAUGGGGAAGCAGAGGUGGCAGGUGGAAGUCAGAGCAGAACAAUUUAGCACAGUGGGAGUUGAGGUGCAGAGGGGCAAGGGGGUCGAGGGUGGGGCCGGCGUGAGAGCGGGGAUCAUUGUUGUCAGGGAAACAGUAAUUUGCCCCAGGCCUGGACCGUACCCACAAUCCUCCAUGGUCCUUCUGUCUCUGCCAUUAUCAUUAGGGUUUUUUUUGUUUCGUUUUUUUUUUUUUUUUUUUAGGCCAUUUCCACUCAAUGUCAGAGAGGAAGAUAGGUUCGGACCUUCGAUGUGA